UUCGAUUUCUCUUUUCAGUCAAUAAAGAAUAAAUUCUUCAUUAAAUUUUUGUAUUUGAAGAAACGAAAUUACUUACUGUGCCUUCUUUACAAUGCCACAAAAUGGUUAUGAUAAAAAUUUACCAAAUGGUCAUAUCGAUUCAAAGCCCACCUAUGCUUUGCUACAUAUGGCCAGCUUUAAAGUGAAAAGUGAAAGUGAAGUGCGUAAUCCUAAGGAGAAGUUGAAAGCACUUGUUGAAUUGGAUAAAAAUGGUGGCAUUUGGCCACACAAGAUGUAUAUGUGCUUCAGUGGUCAAUGGUUGGUAAUGUUGGAUAGUGAUAUGAAGGAAAUUGAGAACUUUCCAGGUUCUUUGAUUACCGAACCGACAGCGUUUAUUAGUGAAGAUCCAUUGGAAACUUUUAGUAAUUUGUUAAUAUUUACUGUACCGGGAGUUUCACUGGGCACUACAGAAAUGCAUAUAUUUCAGGUUGCUGAUGUCUCUGCAGUGCUUUUAGUUGAAGAUUUAAAACAAUUAAGUAGCGGUAAGGUCAUUACCGUUGAUCGCAAUAACACGCCAAUAAAGUUACCGAAACCGGAACGACCUGUACAUAAUACAAAAGAUCAGUAUGGUAUUGCAGUUGCAGCUGCGGGUGUGGCUGCGGAAAAAAAUGCACAUGAUCGGGAGCAAACGUUGCGUGAUACGCAGGUGUUAAAUCAUUGUUUCGAAGAUAUUGAACGAUUUGUCGCACGAUUGCAGUACGCUGCAGAGGCCUUACGGGAAUUGGAAUUACAUCAAAAUGAACACAAUCCGCAUGGAGAAGGUUUACUUAUGGUGCGUUCACGCCCACCAUUUGAAAAGGAAUUUCAAGAUAUUUUCGCAAAACAUAAAUUGGGCUUCAAUUAUGUAGUGAAGCUACAAAAUCAUUUUAGUAACGCUGCAGAACCUAUAAAAAAUAUGUUUGUGUCCUUGCACACUAUUGUUUCGGUAUGCAAUAAUGUUUACGCUGAUGCUAUGAUACCAGAAAAUGUAGUCAAUCCUUUGUUAAAGCGAGAAACUGUUAAUUUUCUUAGUUCAUGUUUGAGCGUAAAAGAGAUUGAGUUUUGGCAAUCUUUAGGACCCAAUUGGAAUUUGCCAAAAGAUCAGUUCAAAGAUCACAAGAGUUCAUAUCAUCCAAUAUUCUAUGAUGACUGGUCACCUGAUUGGGUUGUUGAUGAAGAAGUGCCAUAUUUACCACCAGCAAUGAAAAAAAGUGCACCCUCUCCAAUAUUAAGUAAGAAUGCUACAUGGUUAACACGCCUCAAGAGUAGGAAUGUAAAAAUCGCAGAAGUUCUUUAUGAUAAAACUGGACAUAAUGAUAAAGAAUUGAAUGUAAUUGCUGGAGAAUAUCUUGAGAUAAUAGAUGAUUCACGUAACUGGUGGAAAGCACGUAAUGCGGCUGGAAGUAUUGGCUAUGUGCCGCAUACAAUUUUAAUUCCGCAUAAUUUUGAAGAACAAACCAAUUAUAUGGGUAGAGAUACAGAUUCAUUAUCGUCUUCAGUUUUUGAGAAUGAACACAACAAUCACAACAUAUAUCGCAAUACUCUGAGCGUGCCAGCGGCUGAGCGAUCGCAAACAGAUGUAGCAAACAGAUCGUCUGGUAUGCCACGUUCCUAUAGUAUGCCCAAUGUACCUGUACCACCACCAAUGCCACCACCAAGCGACAGUGAACCAACAACACCAACAGAUACAUUAAAAAGAAAUAUGGCUGCUGCAGGAACAUUAGCGGCAAUGCGUGCUCGGAAUGAAACCAAUGAUGAGGCUUUAAUGCUGCAAAACGAAAUGAAUGAUGAACUGAAAUAUACGUUACAGCAACGGGAGCGUCGUAGGGACUUGGAAAUUCUAAAAACUCCACAGAUUUACCUUGAUCAAAAUUCCAAACCAAAUGAAGUGGAGAAUUGGCUACGUGGUAAAGGUUUCUCUGAUGUGAUUGUUGCCAAAUUACGUAUUCUAAAUGGUGAAGAACUGUUUGCUUUGCCUCCUCAUGUGAUCGAAGGUUAUUUUGGUCAGAAAGAGAGCCGACGUUUGAUCUCACAAAUUGUUUUGCAAAAAAAUAUUUCAGAGUAUAAAACAAUUCGAUCAUCAGAGUUGUCGGCAAAAUUAGCUAAAGCCAGGCAAAAAGCCGAUACAAAUGGCAACGACCCCAAUGAGAUAUUUUAAAUUAGUAUUUUUUUUCGUAUAUAUGUAUAUAUCUAUUGUAUUCAAUUUUAAAUACAUAAAAA